AUGUGGCAUAUAAGUACUGUGAAGUCCCCACCCCAUUUGCUUAUUAAUUGCUAUCUUUCGCAUCACUUCACACCAGUCUUAACAAUGUCCCUCUCCAAUAACAAGUUCCAAUUGUCUAACGGAAACUCAAUUCCUGCCGUUGCCUAUGGCGUAGGUACCAAAUGGUUUAAGUUCGGUCGUAAUGAACUCGAUGCCAAUGUGGUCAAUGCUAUCAAGUCUGCUUUGGCCAAAGGCUUUGUGCACAUCGACGGUGCUGAAAUCUACAACACCAAUGGUGAAAUCGGAGAGGCAAUUGCUGGAUUGGACCGCAAGAAUGUCUUUUUGACCGAUAAGUACUUCUCUGGUGACCUGUCACAUACAAGGAUUUCUCCACAUGGCAAGCCUUAUGAUUCUUUAAAGCAUUCGUUGCAAAAUGAAUUGAAGGUGGACUAUGUCGAUCUCUACUUGCUUCAUGCCCCUUUCAUUUCCAAGGAAUCACAUGGGUUCGAUUUGGCCGAGGCUUGGAAAUCCAUGGAACAAGCUCAGAAAGAAGGAUUGACUAAGAAUAUCGGUGUUUCCAACUUUGCCGUGAAAGAUUUGGAGGAAAUUCUCCUGGUAGCUGAAAUCAAACCCGUUGUCAACCAAAUCGAAUUCAAUGCUUACUUGCAAAACCAAACUCCAGGAAUCGUGGAAUUUAGUCAGAAAAACGGAAUUUUGGUCGAGGCUUACAGUCCCUUGGCUCCCCUUGUGAAGGGUGAGAAAGGCGAGUUCACUGACUACUUGGAUACCUUGGCUUCGAAGUACAAGAAACUCCCUAGCCAAAUCUUGUUGAGAUGGGUCCUUGAAAGAGGAGUUUUGCCAGUUACAACUUCGGGCAAUGAAGAGAGACAGUCUCAACUUGUAAACAUCUUUGACUUCAGCUUGACUCCAGAGGAAGUGGAGAAGAUCAAAACUCUUGGUGAGAAGCAUCCCACCUUGAGACAAUACUGGACCAAAGAAUACUCAAAAUACGAUUAG